UUUGUUUCUGGCGGCAUUUAUUCACUACAAAUCCCAUCAGCCCCUGCGCACCCGGAAACUGUGACGUCAAAAUCCGGGCGGUUGAGGAGCAACAUCAGCUGAACAAGAUGAUGAAGAGUAAGGCGGACGAGGAAGACUACUGGAACAGCAGCAAGUACAACGCCUUCACCUUCGAUGACGCAGAUGAUGAGCUGAGCGCGCUGAAGGAAACCAAGAAGGCGGUGAACAGCAUCGGCCCCCUGCUGGCCGAAGACGACGAGGAAGACUGGGAGCGGGUCAGCUGGAGCGGAGAACCUGUCGGCAGUAUAUCAUGGUCAGUCAAAGAGAUGGCGGCGUCCAAUCAGAGGGCAGACAGAGAGCCCGCCUUCCCCAAGAUCUCCACAGAAACGCCGUCACUCAGCAAGAGCCAGUCGGGCAUUUCUCUGAGUUCUCUGUUCAAAGGGAAACCAAAAGGCGGAAACCUGCAGACCUUCAAUGACGUCCUCGGCGACUCGUCGCUACGCCUCUACACUCCUGAGCUCCGGAAACCCAAAUCAGAGUACAAGGAUCUGGUCAGUGAUUGGUCGGCAGAGGAGACGGUUCAGAGGCUGCAGCAGGGGAAGGGCGUGGCUCUGGAGAAGUUCCGCUCCCUGCUGGACAAACUGCUGCUGCUGGACCUGGCCGUCGCCGCCCACGAUGGGAACGCCAUCACUGCCGUUCUGAUCUACCUGAAGAGGACGCUGUGCAAAGAGGUUUUAUUCCGGGAGCUGGAGUCCAGGCAGACGGCGCUGAGGCAUUUCAUCCACUACCUGACAGAGAGCAGAGAGCAGAGGCUGCUGCUGGAGCUGCUGAGGGCGCUGGGUCGGACGGAGGAAGCCGCUCUGCUGCAGUAUAAAGACUACAAGAACAUAACAGACGAGAACAAGAGGCGGGACUUCCUGAAGAGCUGCCUCAGCCUCCAGUUUGGCGGCGAAGAUGGAAACCAUGUUCAGGAUCACUACACCCUGCUGGAGCGGCAGAUCAUCAUCGAGGCGGCGGACCGGAAGGCGGAGCGGGAAGGGAAGCUGGAAGUCUUCCAGAAGUUUCCCAGAAAAGCCUCCAUCCUCAACAUGCCGCUCAUCACCACCCUGUACUACUGCUGCUUCUACCACUACACCGAGCCGGAGGGAACCUUCAGCAGCCCGCUCAACGUCCGGCAGACGUUCAAGAUCUCGGAGAAGCAGUACUUCACCACGGCGCUGGCGGCGCGGGCCAAGCUGAAGAACUGGGCCGACGUGGACGCCAUGUUUAACUCCAGGAACUGGCUCGGCUUCUCCAAGAAGAAAUCUCCGCUCAGCUUCCAGCGCGUCGUCGACAUCCUGCAGAAAAACUCCGCCCCCACGCAGGUGCUACAGGAAUACGUCGGACUCGUCAGCGACGCGGAGCUCAGGAUCGGAUUGGCUCAGAAGCAUAAAUGCCACGACAUCGUCAUCAACACGUACCGAGACAUGAAGGACCGGAAGCAGCUGGCCGAGUACCGGAAGAAGCUGCAGCGCGGUUCGGCGGAGGAGCGGAAGAUCGACGAGUUGCUCAGCAACCAGCAAAUCCGAUGGAAAAACUGAGGACUUUUAUUGUGAAACUCAAGUGGAAGCUUCCUGUUCGCCAUGAAGCAGAAAGUGGGCGGAGCCAAAACUUCCCGCCGAAUCGUUGCCAAGGCUUCUGGUCCGGUCGGGUCAGAACCGGUUCUGGUUCUGAGUCCAUGUUUACGUCAAAUUAACCAUGUUUGUGACUUACAGAAGAAAAACUGUUAAAAACAUGAAGUAUGAAGAAAUAAAGUGACUUUUAAAAUGAAAAUACAGAGAAAACGCGAAAAAAGGUCAAUAAUAAAGGCUGCAGUGACGUCAGAGCUCCAGCAGAGGGCAGCAGCCUCAGAUGAAC